GAAGGCAGACUGAGCAAGCAGCUCAUCAGAAAGUAUUCAUUGCCAGAAUGCAGUGCAGAAAGAAGAAAGCUAAACGGAGACUGAAUCAGAUGUUCGCUCUGUACAUUAGGUUUAAUGGUUGUAUCAACGGCUUCAUAUGACAGGAAAUGAUCUGGGCGUUUUGUUCACUUAAUCUGGAUGCCCUUAGUUUCACAGAGCAACGGGUAACAUGGAUUGCAGUACGGAAGGGGACAGCUGAACUCUCCCUCUGGCUUUAGUGAGGAAAGAGCAGCGAUGAAAUCCGUGGACUGUGUGCACGUCAUCCAGCAGAAGGAUACCGCCUCCUCUCCCUCUGACCCCCCCGGUGCUGCUUCAGGCACCACGGGACUUUUUUCUGUCACAUUCCUGUGGCUUGCAAUGCUCCUGUCCUUUUGUCUUGCAGCAGUGUCUCUUUACCAUGCUAUCACCCUGAAAACAGAGCUAGAAGCUCUGCGCAGUGAGCUGAUCUACAGGGUCCGGCCGAGGUCUCCGCUAGAGCAGCCACCUGUGUCCUCUGGUGACAAGAAAGCAGGUGCCCCUGUUUCUUCCUUCCUGCAAGUGUCUGCAGCUGGCGCCAGGCAGGAGAACAGGCUGCCUGGCCCUAGCCCAGCUGAAAGUCUCCAAAAGGAAAUCUGGGAUGGGGGCAGAAACAGGGGGAGAAGGUCUAUUGUCCACACAGAAGAAACAGUGCUGCAGGCCUGCUUGCAACUGAUUGCAGACAGCAAAAGUGAUAUCCAACAGAAAGAUGAUUCAAGCAUUGUCCCUUGGCUUCUGAGCUUUAAGCGUGGUACAGCUCUGGAAGAACAGGGAAAUAAAAUUGUGAUCAAAGAAACAGGAUAUUUUUUCAUAUAUGGCCAGGUCUUAUAUACUGAUACAACAUUUGCAAUGGGACAUCUAAUACAGAGGAAGAAAGCUCACGUGUUUGGUGAUGAUCUCAGCUUGGUGACAUUAUUUCGUUGCAUCCAAAAUAUGCCACAGUCUUAUCCAAAUAAUUCUUGCUAUACUGCUGGCAUUGCAAAAUUAGAAGAAGGAGAUGAACUUCAACUUACAAUACCACGAAGAAGAGCUAAAAUAUCCUUGGAUGGAGAUGGUACUUUUUUUGGUGCAGUUAGACUCCUCUGAAGCCCUUUAUUUUUGUAACUAUGCUUAGUGCAAUUUUCUUCUUCUUCCAAUGCAUUUGUCAAAGAAAAAAGAAAUUGAAUUCUACUAUAACUGCCAAUUCAGUCUCUUUCCUUCCACCAUCAGCUUCUGAAAUCUAAUCUUUGGUCUAAUAAGCAAACCCAAAACAGGAAGUAGACCAGACGUACUUGUAAGAUAAAAACGUCACGUGAUUGCCAGAAAGACAAUUUUUUUUACACAAUGGGAGAGUCUAAACAACAGCUGUAAAGACAUGGUUUUUUGGCUUUGAAGUAAUUUCAGUGAAGCAAAUCAAAGAAGGAGUUGACCACAAAGUAUAGCAUGAACACAGGACCAUUCUGUUUUAUACAGAAAUGGAAAACUAAAACAAAAGUGCAUCUUACUUUGCUUUGUUUCACCAAAAACAAAAAACAAA